AUGCCAACGUUUUCCAAGAUCCCCGCUUGGCGAAUGAUUUUUGACCAGGGCGCCGUCACCCAAGAAGUAAUAAACCACCAAUAUCCUGGUUCUGGUACUGAAGGGCACCCAUUUGAAGUUUCAUGGAUACCAGAUGAUCCCCGGAAUCCUAUGGGCUUCCGUGACACAUCAAAAUGGGCACUUGCGGCGCUGGUUUCAUUUUCAACUUUCACAGUUGCCUUGGUCUCUUCCGGCUAUACAGGAGGCUUGGUCGAAGUCGUGGAGUACUUCCAAGUCGAUGAAGAGAUUGCUGUCUUGGGCAUCUCAUUUUAUGUCCUGGGCUUCGCACUUGGCCCUCUGGUACUGGCGCCGAUGAGUGAGCUUUAUGGACGUCGGCCGAUACUCAUCUUCAGCGCAGCAACAUUGACAGCUUUUACGGCUGGAACGGCAGGCGCGCAAAACAUCGAGACUCUAAUCAUUCUUCGCUUUCUUGCGGGUAGCCUUGGGGCUGCUCCUAUGGCUGUUGCGGGAGGUACUCUCGCCGACACUUUUCCUCCUAUCAAUCGAGGGCUGGCAAGCGGGCUAUAUGCCGUCGCACCUUUUAUGGGCCCAACAAUUGGGCCCAUUGUGGGAGGAUUUCUGGCCGCUGCCGGAGGUUGGCGGUGGGUGCAAGGCUUUUUGGCUGCCUUUUCCGGGGCUCUGCUUAUAUUGACGACAUUUUUCCUGCCUGAAACAUAUAGCCCAGUGCUCCUGCGAAGACGAGCAGAGAGGCUAUCAAAGAUCACCGGUCAUGUAUACCGCAGCAAGCUUGAUGUUGAUGGCAAAAGUUCCCACGUCGGCCAAUUAUUCAGAACAGCUCUUUCUCGGCCCUUCGUUCUUCUUUUCCGUGAGCCUAUUGUGUUUCUGAUGUCAUUGUACCUUGCCAUUAUUUAUGGCACGCUAUAUAUGUUCUUCACUGCAUAUCCGAUUGUUUUCCAGCAAGUUCGUGGUUGGAGUGAGAGUAAGGGUGGGUUAGCUUUCCUGGGGAUUUUGGUUGGGAUUUUGUUUGCGGUGGUCCACACAUUCGUCGCAUAUUUCCAAUAUAAGAAGAAGACCUUGGAGGCACAUGGGCGGCGCCUUCCCCCAGAGGAGCGUCUGCCAGCCAGCUUCAUAGGAAGCAUUGCUCUGCCAGUUGGCCUAUUCUGGUUUGCCUGGACAAAUUCGCCUUCAACGCAUUGGAUGGCGCCAAUUUCGGCUGGAGCCCCAUUCGGCUAUGGAAUGAUCAUGGUGUUCAUGCCCGUUUUGAACUAUCUGAUUGAUUCUUACACUAUCUACGCCGCAUCGGUGACAGCAGCAAACUCCCUCUUACGGUCUAUAUUUGGCGCUGUCUUUCCACUCUUUACUGGCUACAUGUAUCAACGACUGGGUAUACACUGGGCCUCCUCGAUCCCGGCCUUUCUCGCUGUGGCGUGCGUUCCGAUGCCGUUCUUGUUCUACAAGUAUGGCGCCAAGAUUCGAGAGCGAUGCCACUAUGCUGCCGAGGCCGACGCUUUCAUGAAUCGGCUGCUCGCUGGCACUGGCACUGGCACACCGCCGAAACCCGAAACCAAAGAAGAAAGCGUCGAGCUGCAGGCUAGAGGUUCGGUGACUCAUGGAGACAACGGUGAUCGUGAUGAGCAAACAGAUAACCAGCCAACUGAGGCGAACCGGGUUUCAACAGCGCACCGGACAUCCUGUGGCUCGGAAAUAUCAGAAAUCUCGUCGCAUUCAAAUCACACGUUAGUCCGAGAUGAUGAGGGUCCUCAGAUUGGCGACAUUUUUAGUUCGCGGUGA